UCCAUUGCAAAGUAGUACGUAAGCGUUGCAUGCACGUAGAUGCACGUAAGCUGACUACCGACCGUUGGAGGCGACGUCUACGGAUUUGCUGGCGCGCAACCGAUCGAAGACUUGUGUUUACAACCGUGUGGUGAAAAAUGUGUCGAUGCUGGCUGCAGAAGUGGCAUUCCGAACUAGUGAAUUCUACAUGGUCGACGAACAGCAGUCAGCAGAGAAAGCUUCGAGAGAGCGAGGAUCGCUCGAUCUGAGACCACUGAUCGACGACGUGCCUCUGUACAACACGCACAUACAACACUUGUGACAACAUACGUGAACGAAGUUACAUGGCUAGUUAUUCACGAGGACGAUCGUCUCGGCAAUCCGAUGACACGAUGGACGAUGACGUUGACGACAAGGAUGACACGAAGCGGAAGUCGCGUAAUCUAAGUGAGAAAAAACGACGAGAUCAGUUCAACAUGCUUGUGAACGAGCUGGGUAGCAUGGUCAGCUCAAACACGAGGAAAAUGGACAAAUCGACCGUGUUGAAGUCAACAAUUUUAUUUCUGAAAAAUCACAACGAAAUAGCUGUUAGAUCAAGGGUGCAUGAAAUUCAAGAAGAUUGGAAACCAUCGUUUCUAUCAAAUGAGGAAUUUACGCAUCUUAUACUAGAGGCUCUGGACGGUUUUAUAAUGGUAUUUUCUUCAAGCGGGCGCAUAUAUUAUGUGUCUGAAAGCGUCACGUCUUUGCUCGGCUAUCUUCCAAAUGAGCUGGAGAACACGACCAUCUACGAUAUCACUUAUCAGGAGGACCAAUCUCCCCUUUAUAAUGUACUAUUGAACCCUGCCAGUACGAAAGAUCAGCGAAAUAUUAAAAAAGAGGACCAAAUAUCUUUCUCGUGUCACAUUAAACGGGGAGGUUUAAAUGUUCAAGAGAAUCCAAUAUAUGAACUUGUACAAUUUAUUGGAUACUUUCGUUCUGGAGUUGAUACAGAAGUAGACAAUUUACUUCCAAAUACAAAGUUCGGAAACAUUACUGGAAUAGAUACGAAAUUAGUUUUCGUGGGUACAGGACGCCUUCAGACACCUCAGCUGAUUCGAGAGUUGUCCGUGAUGGAUAACACAAAAUCGGAGUUCACGUCUCGGCAUAGUCUUGAGUGGAAAUUCUUGUUUUUGGACCAUCGAGCGCCGCCCAUUAUCGGAUAUUUACCUUUUGAGGUUUUGGGCACGUCUGGGUAUGAUUAUUAUCACGUAGACGAUUUGGACAAGGUGGUCACUUGUCACGAAUCGUUGAUGCAAAAGGGCGAGGGAACCUCCUGCUACUAUAGAUUCCUUACGAAGGGACAACAAUGGAUAUGGUUGCAGACUAGAUUUUAUAUCACAUAUAAUCAAUGGAAUUCUAAACCAGAAUUUAUUGUGUGUACGCAUUAUGUUGUUAGUUAUGUUGAUGUGAUCAAAGAAUUGCGUAAGGAAUCGGAUGGUUUCAACAAGGAACAGAGUCAGGAUGUUCUGCUGCCGGUGAAGCAACAGCAGGUGACUACAUCCUGUCCAAUUCCAUCGACUCAGUGGCCAACUAAAUCACCCAAAACAUCGAAAUCAGUAGCAUCGAACACUAGGUCACGACACCACGUGGAGAGUUCUGAUAACUCCUCCAUGUCAGCUUCUCUGCAAAGUUCUCCGCACUCACAAAUAACACACGUUUCACGAUCAAAAUGUACCUCAGCGAACAGUUCUGUGCAACAACAACAGCAACAGCAGCAGCAGUCACAGCAACAACAACCUCUCUUAGAGGUUGAUCAGAACUGCAUUAAUUUUAUGGAACAAACGCAGUACGCAACGGUGAAUUUGCAACCUGUAGUUAGCACACGCUUUGCAGCUCCAACUGCGCCAAUUAUUCCUACAUUACCAACUCACGAGAUGUUACAUCAGCAGGGUAUCGUGAUGACACCAGCGCAAAAUCAAAUUCAAGACGAGUUACAACGCAAACAUGAAGAAUUGCAACAGCUGAUAGUGCAUCAACAAGAAGAGCUCAGGAGAGUGUCGGAACAACUAUUUAUCGCGAGAUAUGGAAUUUUAUCGCUGAAUGCGGGCAUGCCGUAUAACACAACGAAUGCAUGUCAGCAGAUGAACCGAUGCAAUACGAACAACUCGAACGUCCAUUUACCAACAUCGAGUAGCGUACAAGGUGUAAACGUUCUUCCUCUGCCAAUCACCGUUCCAGUGCCUAUAGUGCCUACGGAGUUGUUCUCUCAUCCGUUAACGGUCAGUCCAGUACCAUCGGUGUCGGCCACAGCACAAGCGAAUGUCGGUACAAUUUUGCAACAUCAACAACAACAGCAGCAAGGACCAACGCAGCAAAAUGGCAAUCCGCCAGAUCUCGUGCCUUUUCAAAUGUGUCCACAUCAAGCGGAUAUACUGUACAACGAUAUUGAGCCACCUUCGAAUCAGCAACAAAGACCACCGCAAAACUGAAUGUCCUCCGAUUUAAUUUUGUGUCCCAUCGAGAUAUCUUCGCCGUGGGUAAAUAGUAUUUGGUAUUAAAGGAAGGUUUAAUUGGUGAAAUGAAUGUUGAGGGAUUGGCUUUCAACGUCAUUGUUGAAACGUCGCAAUAUCUUAAUUCUAUUCAUAUUUGGCGUAAAACUGAUGUGUGGUCAAAUAAACGAGACACGAAGCAUUUCAUAUUUUUAUACAUGAGUUGUACAAACGAUAUUCCGUCUGAGGAACAGGAUCGUGUCGCGGUCGUAACGCAAGUUGGGCGGAUCGUGCAAGUUUCUGUUUAGUUUUCAUUGUAAAUUGUGAAUAUUGUCUUUUAUAUUUGAAUGGUUUGAUGCAGCAAUUGGUGUACAGGAUGACUGUAGAAACUGCAAUCGUGCCAUCUAGAGUUUGAUGGUGAUUUUGCUGAAACUUUGCGGGAGUA